CUACCCUUAGAGCAAGUCCAUUGAAGGUUCAAAGGGGGGUCAUGGGCUGAGUUUCAUAGCAUUUUUAAUCCAAAAGAAAAUGAAAAAUGGGUCUUUAUCUCUGAACCGGGCCGUUGGAGAGAGCCCGCAUGAAACGAGUUCAAGCCACGUGGAGAAGAGUUAUUGGCUGUUGAGACGCGCGUUGUCGACGGGGAAAGGAGAAGAAACGCGUGAAUCUCCUCAUUUCCUCCUCUCUCCAAAAAAGCUAGGGUUUGCGACUCGAGAGGCGAUUGUUGUAGCGACGCCGACGAUUCUUGUAGCGACGCCGAUCCAGAGCAAAAUUGUCCAUCAAAUCGACGCGUAGUGAGAUCUCAUCGACCUGAGAUGGAUCCCGCAGAAGAAAGACGAAAUUCAAAGAAGCAAAAGGAUCACUGCGACAUGUUAGGGUUUGUCGCGGAUUCACAGUACGGGGUUCCAAGAAAGUGUGCUUGCGGCGGGAGAAUCAUUGACGAGGUUCGGGGGAAGGAAGACUACGACAGUCUUCCUGGAAAGCGUUUCUUCACAUGCGUAAACUAUGAGGAUGAUGGGUUGCAUUACCGUCAUCCUUGGGUGGUUGCUGUCCAGGAAGAGAUCAAAACGCUGAGCAGGCGUCUGGAUGAGGCAGAGGAGGUUGUGAAGGGGGUGUGGAAACUCAAUAAACGGAUUAAGGACCUAGAGGUUUCAACCCUCUCCGAGCAGGUUGAUGAUCUCACUGUCGAGGUGGGUACCCUUGAGAAGGUGUGUUUCGACUGAUAAUCAGAGGUCACGGGAUCAUCAUGUCUGGAUCACGGGUUGCUUUGUCUGAUGUUGCUUGGCUGUUGUUUCUUUUUCUCUACGGAUGCAGUGUACUAUUUUGUUAGUUUGUACACUGCUACCAUGUUAUGAAUUCACGGGUUGUACUUUGUUUCUACACUACUCUCAUGUCACGGGUUUUAUGUAACAAACAAGCAUAUAUUAAUAUGCUCUCUUCACGUAUGUUUCUAUAUGAGAACACAACUUCUUCUCAUUGUUUCUCUGUCUGAAAAGAAAAAUUUCAUUGCUAAACUUAAACAGUUCCUAUAGUAUUUGAAUCGCACUUGAUCUACUACCAACGAAGAACACAAGAGCACUUGAACAUUUCCUCUUCUAUCUCAUU